AUGUGCCAUUCCUCAAAUUAUCCCACAGAGGCUGGAACCGCAAUCUCGACAUUACAUGCCAACGAUCCCAACACAACUCCAGAAACCAUUAUCAAUGCCCUAGAGAGAGAUGGUGCCUUGAUCAUCAAAGGCAUAGCUUCCAAGGCUCUAUGUGAACAGAUCCGAAGCGACCUGAAGCCACUAUUCGACUCAGAUGUCAAAGAUGACUCUGGCUUCUUUCCCCCCACCACCAAGCGAGCAACCGGCUUCUUCGCUACCUCAGACGCAUGUGUCGAACUAGCCCUCAACCCUCUAUUCCAGUCUGUUGCUGAAAAGGUCCUGGGAAGCAAGUACACAUACUGGGAAGGUCAAGAGCAGUUGACUGUCUUUGGAAAGCCGUACCUUGCUAGUGCUGUUGGGUUUCGCGUUGAGCCUGGUGGAAAGCAACAGGCUCUUCAUAGAGAUGACUCGGAUUAUCAUCCGAGGAACUGCGAUAUGCCUGUGAUGCUCGGUUGUGUGACGGCUUUGACUAAGACGACUAAAGAGAAUGGUGCGACUAUUGUCAUCCCAAAGAGUCAUCUCUGGGGUCCCGAUAGAUGCCCACUUGACGAAGAGGCCAUCGCUGGGGAGCUGGAGAUAGGCGAUGCAAUGCUCUUCCUCGGUAACGUUUAUCACGCGGGCGGAGCCAACAUCACCAAGGACGAUGCCCGAGAGACUAUCGGUAUGUUCAUGUGCAAGGGGACUUUACGGCAGGAAGAAAACCAAUAUCUGAGCAUUCCACCAGAGGUUGCAAAGGCUCGGAACUUUCCCCCCAAGAUGCUUAGACUGUUGGGAUAUGGCAUGUGUCCACCGGCUUUGGGCUACUACCAGUAUCGAGAUCCGAUGAAGGUCAUCUUUGGAAUCGAGGAUGAAGAGACUGUCAAGAAGUAG